AUGCCAGUUGUCCGACACCCCCUCCGCGCCAGAUGCAACGUCAGCCUCAGCGUCGUCACCUGCCCCUCAGCAUCCUUCAAACCAACAAAGGCCGACAAACAGCGAGGUCGACUCACGACCGCCAAACGACUCAAACAAAAGGCGUUUGCGUCUUUCACCUAUUCAAGUAGCCAGAGAUCCAUCUAUCCAAAUCGCGAGCGAGAAACAAAACACACCUUAAAAUCCUUCCACACCCUCGUCGACUUCCUCUCCGUCGCUUUCUCUUCAGGCUCCUACACACCCUCCACCCUCAUCCUCCCCACACACCUCACCACCCGAAUCACCCACUUUGUCAAGAUCAUCCAUGCCACCGACGACCUACGCGCCGGACGUGUCUGGUCCACAUACGACGAAUCCAACGAAACCCACACCCUCACACUCGUCAUCCCCGCUCCCUUACAACACGGAAAAUACGCUCACAGAAUCCGAGACUUCACCCUCCUCUCCGACGAACAAUUAAUAUCCUCUCGGGAUUUUCUCUCUCUCGCGUUGCCGUAUUACUUGGAGGCCCGUGGUCAAGAACCACCGUCACCCAUUUCCCCGUUUACCUCAUACUCAUACGGCUUUUUGAGGGAACAGCAGUCGAAGCGAGAUGAUCCCGUCCAUGCGUUGGUCACGGCCCCGGAAGGAAGUGCGGUGGAUAUCAUGAGCGUCGUAGCGUGCUACUUGAGCUUUAUUUCGGAGAAGGAGACGGGGCAUGUGUUGAGGCAUAUCGACGAUGAUGUCGAGUAUGUUGCACCCGAGUGGAGGAGAGUAGUUGGGGAAGGGGAAGGGGUCGACAUUAUUGAGCGCGCUGUCCUUAUGGGGAUGUGA